AGGUCUGCGAGCCGGCUCUUGGUGGGAGCGGGCGGGAGGGCGAGCCGUCAGAACUGGGGUGCCGCCGGACCUGAGCCCCAGGUACACCUAGGGCCCGUGUGCGAAGCGCCACGUCUAAGUCGCGGGGACCGACCUGUGCUGGGGUUGCCGCCGUGUGAUACCGGCCAGGAUACCCCCUCCCAAGCUCUUGUCCUGUUGGUGGGUGCCUCCUGGUCCUGGUGAGCACCUUCGCGGCCGAAGCCCAGAGCGGCGCCCGCCCUUUCGGAAGGCCGGCAGGGGUUGGGGUCGGCGCAUCUUAGCUUGCCCCAUCCCGAUUUGAGGUCUGUCGGCGCCGCCCUUCAGCUUGAGCACCCAGGAUGGGCACCCCAGCCUCUGUGGUGAGCGAGCCGCUCCCUUGGCAGGCCCCCACUGAGGCCCGGGGCCGCAAGCAGGCCGCGGCCAACAUCUUCCAGGACGCAGAGCUGCUGCAGAUCCAGAGUCUGUUUCAGCGCAGCGGGGACCAGCUGGCGGAGGAACGGGCACAGAUCAUCUGGGAGUGUGCAGGGGACCACCGCGUGGCGGAGGCCUUGAGGAGGCUGCGCAGAAAGAGGCCCCCGAGGCAGAAAUCCCUGGGCCACUCGCUACAUCACUGCAGCCGGCUCAGUCAUCCAUCUCUUGGCUUAGAUCACUGCCAGCCCAGGAACAGGGCUCCUCCCCUUCACACCCGCUCCGCCUCCCGCUCCCAAGAUCCCGCUGAACCACAUGGCCUAACCAACUGCUAUGGGCACACUCUGGACUCCAUUCCUCCACCGCCUUCUGUGGAGCCCACAAUCAGAACAUUAGACCUGAACAGGCCUUCUGCGAUCAUCAGGUCCAUAUCAACUCCAAUUGAUUAGUAAUCGCUACUUAUACGCCUCAGUAAGGAUACUUGGUUCCUCCAGUCUCAUAUGACUGAUUAACCAUGUCUGCCAUGA